AUUCGGGUUGGAUAGUGUGAAAACCGUGCCCACCCAUUACCCUCUAUGUUUGGGUUCAAAUUUUACUCGUAACCACCAAAAAUUCUUCAGGUUUGGAUUUUACUCUAUCCAACUAGAUCGGAUUCGGGCGGAUACCCACGAUUACGAAUAUUUUUGUCAUUCCUACUACAACACACAAAUUAAUGAAUUUUUUAAAAUACUAGAAUCACAGAAUUUCUCCUUUUUUGAGGAUACAUCCAUGUACAUAAACUUAUUGAUCCAAAUAAAAUUUUAGGCUUAAUACCAGAAAAGGGCCCAUAGUUUGGAGUUUGGGUCAUUUGUACCCCUAUGUUUAUCCCGCGUCACUUUUGUCCCCAAGAUUAUAGUCCGUUAACCAGCUCCGUUAGUUUUUGACCGUCAACUGUUGACCGAUGACGUGUCAACCAAAAAAAUGAUUAGUUUCCAUGUCAUUACAGAAAACAUGAUUUUUUUUUGUAAAUUAUAAUUACCGAAAAAAAAUUCAAAGCAAAGUAAAGUAAAAACGAAGUAAAAAGGGGAGCCUGGCUUUACUCGAUCCCAAAUCUCUCCUUCCCUUCUCCUUCGAAAAGCUCCCAACCCCAAGGAACAACGACUCCUUCAUCGUCGAUCUAGGAACGGAGAAGCGUGGAUUCGGCGGCCAGUCGUCGUCGGGACAGCGUCGCAGGCUUCAAUCACAGCGGCGGACUGUCGAACCAACCCACCUUCGACUUUAACGACGAAGACUCCUGACGCCGACGACCUUCCUACAUCAACACCGACGCCGACGAUUGAGGAGUUGGCGCCACUUUCAUUGUGAAGCAGCAAUCGAUUGGGUCUCGAUGUUGGUUUACCCCCAAUUCUCUCAGCCUUCGACACUCUAUCUUAACUUCCCCCAACUUCUAGGGUUAACUGUUUUCGCAAAAAUUAGUAGGGAACAAAGGGAAAUAGAGAAUGGGGAAGGUGGUUGUGGUAUUUGAAGUUUGUACUGAAGAGGUUGUUGUAGAGGGACCGCGAAUUGGGUUGUGAAGACGAGCAUGCCCUUGUAGCCGAGCAAAAUUGGGUAUGUACGUCAUUCUUUCAAUUGCUUUAUCGUAAUUUUGGAAGCAUUUGGUUGUUUGUUUAUAGUAUAUCUCCAACUUGUGAUUAAACAACUCUUGAGAAUGCAUGCUUCGAUUAGAAAAAUUCAUUAUCUAACCAUCUAUUCUCAACUUGUUGGAACCGGGCAGGAUGGCAAAUGACACUAUCGACCUUAUCAUCCAUCAUGGUGGUCACAUGGAUUAUUUGGAGGGCAGCCCGCGUUACCUCAAUGGGAAGUGUGAAGAAGUUAGCAUUGAUAGGGACUACAUAUCAUAUUUUGAGCUCGAAUCGGUGGCCACUCAUUACUUCCACUAUGCAAGAGUCGAGAGAAUGUGGUAUAUGUCACCUUCAUCAACCAUUGAAGCCGGUCUGUAUGAGGUAAAGUCGGACAAUGAUGUCAUGGAUGGAUUGCUGCCAGCAAUUGUGAAUUGGCAGAUUGUAAUAUUCUUCGAAUGCACUGAAGAUUUGGCUGUUGUGGACGACAAUGAGGCUGAUGCUUGGGGUUAUGGGGACGAACAUGAAUAUGAUGGUGAGGGUUCUGUGAACCGCGAUAUUAUUAAUCAUUUGAUGGAUGAUGACUGUCGAACUUCAGAUGAUGAAUUUGUUGAAGCCAUGGGGAAUCUAGGCAUCCAUCAACGGAGGAGGAAAGUUCAUACUAAUGAAUGUGAUUCGGGAGAAGAGGUUGAGCUAUUAAACCAGUUUGAAGAUGGUGCUAACUUGGAAGCUCUUAAACCCAAACUAUAAGCACAUACGAAACAAACGACAACCUAGUUCCCACCACCUUCAGCUCACGAGAUAACCUAACAUUUUCCUCCUUAAGCUAAGCUAAAUCAUGGCAUGAGCGAUGCUUUGCCUUCUUCCUUCGCUCGCCCUUAUCUUCGGAAGCUGUCAAUCUCAUUUUAAGUGAAGAAAUCUGCUUCUUCAUAUCAUCGUUCUCUGCCGAAAGUGCUUAAACAAUAUCCUCUUCUAGACCAGGACAAUACUGAUCCAUCCACACAAAGUAUUUGCAAUCCACCGUUUCUUCCUUCCAAAAUGGGCAACGAUAAAAUUCUCUCCCCGGAUUCCUCCCAGUUCCAGAGACAAAAACAACAGCUGGACAGUUAUGAACGCACCGAGGCACAUGAGAACUAGCAUAGCUCGAUUCGAUUAAACUCUUCCCUUUUUUCCUUGCAUUCAUUGCGAUAAACUUGGAUUCUUAAACCCUCCAAUCUGGUACCCAGUCCACCGCGUCAGUCUACCCUUCGAUUCAUCGCUCUUGCCUUCGAUCUGCAACCCCGGCGUCGUCUUCGUUGCCCUCGAUUCCGCCAAAUCGUGCCGUCUCUGCUCCCCCGGCUUCGUCUUCGCUGUCCCCGAUUCUGCCAAAUCGCACCGUCUCCGCUAUCUGCUCCCCCAACACGCUCUUGUCUUUGGUCACCGCCGCAUCUCUUCGUGCUCUGCUCGUGGAAAGAGAUAAGAUGAGGAAGAUAAAGAUAGAAGGAAUAUAAGCGGUGGGUGAAAAUGUGGGUGAAUUUUUUUUCAUUUAAUAAAAAAAAAUCUGACGUGUCGGUGACAUGGCAGACACGUGGGGCACAAAGUCAACAAUAGGCUUACCACCGUUAGGUUGACCGUCAAGUCUAAUAGUCAACGAAACGGGUAGGACAAAUUUGACAUGCGGACUAUAAUCUUAGGGACAAAAGUGGCGCGGGAUAAACAUAGGGAUACAAAUGACCCAAACUCCAAACUAUGAGCCAUUUUCUGGUAUUAGGCCAAAAUUUUACUGAACCUAUAUCCCAAACAAAAGGCAAGGAACCAACACAUCCCAGUAUUUAGUUGUGGCAUUAUUUGACAUUUUUGCUUUUGCGAUAAGAACCAAAUAUAUAUGGUCACAUCUUGAUCAUUAAAAAUAAAAAGAGCUAAUGUAUAUAGUUUUUUUACAGAUAGCUUGAAUUACCAAGCAAUCGAAAGAUACAGAGUUUAACCACCUUAUCAAAGUCAAUGCAUAAAAAUCAAAACAAACCAAAUCCAUUAUGUGUAGCGUAAGAACUUUACGCAUCACAAAAUCGACUUCUUACACCAAUGAAAUCUCUACUAGUAUAUCUUGUUCAUUUUGCAUAAAUAAAUUUUCAUGCACAGUUUUAUCUAGGGAUAGCUUGAAUUACCAAGAAAUCAAUAGAUACAGAGUUUAACCACCUCAUUAAAGUUGUCCAUGCUCAAAAAUCAAAACAGAACCAAAUCCAUUAUGUGUAACGUAAGGACUCUGCCUGUCACAAAAACCAGCAAUGCUAUUUGAAUUACGAUGAAUAAACUAAACCUAGAAUCACUGGUAUACUUCAACGGACCCAUAAUCUAUGCUAUUAUCACUCGACCUAUCUUGAUGAGCCCAAUAUAUCUCUAUGUUAGUCAUCUUCUUAAGUUGCUAUAUAUUUCAAAGUAGUCCACACGUACGUGUAACAAAUUUUGAAGUAUCAUAUAAUUGAACUUCAGUAUGUCACAACAUCAUCAAAUAGUCCUACAUGUAACAAAUAUGAACUUGAUCCACAUCAAUUACAAUGAAUUCCAUAGGAGGGAAGGAAACAAGUGAAAAGGCGGAGAACAGUAAAUAAAGACCGGUGAAAGAGCAAGAUCGUACUGUGGGAAACUCUUGAAGACAUGCAUGAAAUAUAUAGAAUAGAGCAUC